AUGAGCAGCAACACAGAAUCAAACCCACGUGAUGGCAACAAGGAACUGCGCACGAUCUUACAACCGGCCCCAACCACACCAGCACCGGCUACCAUAUCAGACGGUUCCACAACAGAAUUACGCAUCGAUCCUUCAACAAAAGCUUAUAUUGAUGAGGCAAUUCGGGCAUCCACCACAACGAUCAUCGGAUCCAUCAGGCAAUAUAUCGAUGCCCAGAAUGACAAACAGAAAUUGUGGAACGAACAACUCCAAGCAAACAUUAAUAACAUAAUAGUUCAAAUAACACAAACCAACGCUAACACCAACGCGACGGCCCCAGGCGGUAGCACAACACCUGCAGUGUAUACAAUGUUGCCACAACAGUCACAGAAGUCAACCAGCCCGACCAAUAAUCCACCAACAAACAAAGGAAAAGAAACGAGUCAGCCCGCAGGUAAGUACCCCCCGGCUCCCGUAUUAAAUGAUCUUAUUAUGAGAGCAUCCAAGGUUUCACUUCAAGGCCAGGACG